AUGUCUGGAUCUUUGGAUAUCAACUUUGGCUUGGACCUUAUUCGAGCAUCAAAAGCUGAAUAUGACUUUCUUAUUGAGGUCCAACGUUUAGAAUACCUUAGAAACGACGCAGUGCUGCGAUAUUCCAUUUACAGAUACGAAAAUUUUUGGCUUCCACUUGCUGCUUCCCAAAAUGAAAGCACCUUAAAACUUAAGUAUUUACAUCCACCAACUGACAUAGAAUGGGUUUGGCACUGUCAUAUGUUAGCACCACAUAGAUAUGCAGAAGAUUGCAUGUUACUGUUUGGAAGAGUCCUUGAUCACUCUGUUAUGAAGUCACCAGCUGGAAAAAAACAGACAGAGAGGAUUUGGUCCCGGGCUUAUCCUACUGAAAAAUUUGAGUUAAGCCCAGAAAUUAAAAAUAGAAAGGUACCUCGUUCAAUAGAACAAUAUAAAUCAAAAUUUACUUUUGAUCUGUUGGCAGCUAUCCAUCGACAGCAGGAUUUCUACUAUAACAUCCAUCUGCCACACUACAAAGACGACCAGUUUCUUAGGGAUGCCUUUGUAAGAUAUAAGUUUUACUUAAAUCUUAAGAAGAAAUACCCGAGCGAAUUCUUAGUGCCUUGUUAUGAUAUUGAUUUGCUUUGGCACACACAUCAACUUCAUCCAAUCAAUUAUGCAAAAGUAACAAAAUCCCUUCUUGGUCGUAUCCUCGUCCAUGACGACACGGUAACCGACAGGAGUCCAGGAUCCAAACUAUCUGUGUCGGAUGAAAAUACAAGAAGGCUCUGGAUAGAAACAUACCAUGAACAUUUUUCUAAAUUUGGUGCUAUGUACCGAGGCGAUUCUCCAAGGGGUAAACUUUAUCACCUUACACAGCAGGAUAUUGAAAAAAUGUGUGGAAGAAGAACUGUAGUCACUAUUCAGGAAAUAUCAGUCAUGUCGUCAAACGCAAAUAAAGAUAAAAAGAUCAAGUUGAAAGUUAUCAAGAGGCAUAUCAUGUCAGGGAAAUCUACUCUGAUUAAAAAACUGACAGGAACAAUAGAGAACAUGACGUGGGGUCAGCAAAAAAUAAUGUUUUCAUUUGGCCCCUAUGAUUCCACACUUGUUUUUGAGCUGAAAACAAGAAACAGCAUAUUUGGAGGAAGAUCCAAAUUCAUAGGGGGGUUUCAAGAAAGAUUUGGUCUUUACCUCAUCCGUCCCGAGUUACAGGAAGGUGGCCAAUUUCAGUUUGAAAGGGACAUGCAAGUAGUGAGCACAUUGGCUAAAGCAAGCUGUGUGGUAAGAGGAUUUUUUUUGCGAACCGUUUUAGAUGACAUUGUGCUUUCUUUGGAGCCAGGGAGAUACGAACAGGCAAACAUGCCAACAAAUGAAGAACAACUUUGGGGCCCCGUUCCUUUGCCAAAGUCUAACGCAGUAAACAUUUGCCAGGUAGCUUCUCACAGGCUGAGAGACCAGAACGGAAACAUUAUGUUUACUUGUCGUUUAAUACACAGCGUAAACGUUAUGACGUCAGUUGUUCAAGUGUACUAUCAUGACAAAAUGGCUGCAAUUGCUCAUGUUAUCGGUUCUGAUCAACUACCAUUGGGAAAACAGGUGGGUGUAAAAAACAUUACAUUGGACCCAGGUUCUGGUGAAAGAGCGAUUGUUAUCAAAGCCGAAGAGGGAGAUUCUCUAAUUCUCGUGGGGAAGUGGAAUGGAUUUUUCAGGGGGAUUCCUGGAAGUCGAGGCAGAAGAGGAGUUCCGGGAAAUCCAGGUCAUCUGCAAGUUAAAGUCUAUAGAGUGGAUCAUACAAGUCCUCCAAGAAAGCAAAUUAUCAAUCUUUCAGAACACCAUCCAGUAGAGUUUGAGGGACUAAAGCUAGAUUUCACUCAAGGCUUAAUAACUUGCAGCAGGAUAGCUGCUGGACAAGUUCUAAACUAUGUUGCCCUGUCAUUUUCCAUUGCUCUUCUCCACGUGCUCUGUGUGCCACGUCCUUCCUACUGGCGACCUGGAAUGUCUUUAAAACCUAGGGUAGCAUCUAGAGGUACACGAAAAAUUGAAAGAUUUCCAGACGAAAAUAUGUCGUUUAUGCAGGCAGCCGGUCUUCGAUAUCUUACACCCUCUAAUCACUACAUUUAUCAUACAUAUGGUGCUAACGUUUGUGCUGGUUGUGGUGCUGGGGGCAUUGUAAAUGAAACUGCUGGUGUAGGAUUUGAGCAAGGUCUUUGCGUCAUUAAUUCAGAUGGAGGUGAUUUUGGUGGUGGUGGUGGUGGCGGGGUGAGUGAUGGGGGUGCUGGCUGCGGAGGAUGUGGUGGCUGCGGAGGCUGUGGUGGAGGAGGUGGUUGUGGUGGUGGAGGAGGUGGAUGUGGUGGUGGAGGAGGUGGAUGUGGUGGUGGAGGUGGAUGUGGUGGUGGAGGAGGUGGAUGUGGUGGUGGUGGUGGCUGUGGCGGAGGAUGUUGA